UCGAUUUUUUUCCGCGACUGACUCUGACUUGCCAUUGGUUGCUCUGCCUCUUCCCCCUUUUCCCGGUUCUAAGAUGGCUGCCGAGUCGCUGUCCCUCUUCACAGCCAUCGGUCUUAGUGAGCAGAAGGCUCGGGAGACCCUAAAGAAUGAGGCACUUAGCUUGGUGCUACGGGACGCGAUCGUACAGGCCCAGAAAACAUUGGGUCCAUCUGUUGACAAGGUGACAGGAACUCUUCUGUACAAUGUGGCUACUCGCCUUAAGGAUACAAAGCGUUUGGGCUUUCUGGUUGAAUACAUAGCCAGCAAGAAGAUUACUACAGAUCUGCAGUUAAAUGCUGCCCUGGACUAUGUCAAAGCUCACCCAUUGGAUCCCAUUAACACCAGUCAUUUUGAGAAGGAGUGUGGUGUGGGGGUGACUGUUACGCCAGAGCAGAUAGAAGAAGCUGUGGAAGCUGUGAUUCAGAAAUUCAAAGCACCGUUGCAGGCAGAACGCUAUCGCUUUAACAUGGGCUUGUUAAUGGGGGAAGCCAGGAACCAACUGAAAUGGGCAGAUGGGAAGAUUAUCAAGAAUGAGGUGGAUAUGCAGGUUUUGCACUUACUUGGCCCAAAGACCGAAGCCGAUCUAGAAAAGAAACCAAAGGUGACAAAGCCAAAAGCUGCAGAGCCAGAGAAGAAAGGCAAUGCCACCGUGAAUGGUGAAGUGAAAAUCGAGUUGGCAUCUCUGAUGGAGCAGCUAAGAGGAGAGGCCCUUAAAUUCCACAAACCCGGUGAGAAUUACAAGACUGAGGGGUACGUGGUAACACCGAAAACAAUGGAGCUGCUAAAGAAACAUCUGGAGAUCACAGGAGGACAGGUCAGAACUCGCUUCCCUCCAGAGCCAAAUGGCAUUUUGCACAUUGGUCAUGCCAAGGCCAUCAACUUCAACUUUGGAUAUGCCAAGGCAAAUGGAGGCAUCUGCUUUCUUCGUUAUGAUGACACCAACCCGGAAAAGGAGGAAGAGAAGUAUUUUACCGCCAUUAAGGAUAUGGUAGAGUGGCUUGGUUACAAGCCCUACGCUGUUACGCACGCCUCCGAUAACUUCGACCAGCUGUAUGAGUGGGCUGUGGAACUCAUUAGAAGAGGCCAUGCAUAUGUUUGCCAUCAAAAAGUUGAAGAAAUUAAAGGUCACAACCCCCCGCCUUCCCCAUGGAGGGAUCGUCCAAUUGAGGAAUCUCUUCUGCUUUUUGAAGGUAUGAAAAAGGGAAAAUUUGCUGAGGGGGAGGUAACACUGAGGAUGAAGCUUGUUAUGGAAGAUGGGAAAAUGGAUCCGGUUGCAUAUCGGAUCAAGUACACACCGCAUCACCGCACUGGGGACAAAUGGUGUAUAUAUCCAACCUAUGACUACACUCACUGUCUCUGCGAUUCUAUUGAACAUAUAACUCACUCUCUCUGCACUAAGGAGUUUCAGGCUAGGCGAUCAUCUUAUUUCUGGCUGUGUAAUGCAUUGGAUGUUUACUGCCCUGUGCAGUGGGAAUAUGGCCGCUUGAACCUGCACUACACUGUCGUAUCAAAGAGGAAGAUCAUCAAACUGGUGGAAACUGGAGCUGUCAGGGACUGGGAUGACCCUCGUCUCUUCACACUGACAGCUUUACGCCGCAGAGGGUUUCCACCAGAAGCCAUUAAUAACUUCUGUGCGAGGGUGGGGGUGACUGUAGCACAGACUACAAUGGAGCCGCACUCGCUGGAGGCGUGCGUCAGGGAUGUGCUAAAUGAGACCGCCCCAAGGAUAAUGGCAAUACUGGAACCCCUGAAAGUAACCAUAACAAAUUUCCCUACGGAGAAAGCCAUUGAUGUCUCUGUUCCAAAUUUCCCAGCGGAUGAAUCUAAAGGCUUUCAUGUUGUUCCCUUCUCCUCCACUGUCUACAUCGAAAAGUCAGAUUUCAGAGAGGUAAUGGAGAAGGGAUAUAAGCGCCUAACCCCAGAACAGCCGGUAGGCCUCAGGCACGCUGGAUAUGUUAUCUCUGUGCAAAAUAUUGUAAAGGACCAAAGUGGCAAUGUUAUUGAGCUGGAAGUUACCUGUAUGAAGACAGAUGUCGCCGAAAAGCCAAAAGCGUUCAUCCACUGGGUGUCUGAUCCGCUGCCAUGUGAAGUGCGUCUGUACGACAGGCUCUUCCUCCACAAAAGCCCAGAAGACCCAUCUGAAGUUCCUGGUGGAUUCUUAAGUGAUCUGAACCCGAACUCCUUAACGACAAUCCCCAACGCUUUAGUUGAUCAGUCCGUGAAGAAUGCCAAAGCCCUGGACAAGUUCCAGUUUGAGAGACUCGGUUAUUUCUCGUUGGAUCCAGACACUACUCCGGAAAAGAUCAUCUUCAACAGGACUGUUACCCUAAAGGAAGAUCCAGGGAAGUUGUGAUGUUGUGGCAAUGAGCUGGGAACGUAAAAACACCUUCACGUGCGACAGAGGCUGAACAGGAAUCCAGAACAACCGCUUGCCUUAAUUUAAAUCAACCCAUGGGGCUCAUUCUUUGGCAGACUUUUAGUAAUGUUUUCAACUACAGAAUAAUAAAAAUGAACAUAUUUAACAGGA